AUGGCCCACAAAAGCGACUUCCAGUUCUCCAUCCGGGAAUACAAACCCUCAGAUCAAGACGUGGUCAUGUCACUCUUUCACGAUGGGAUACUUGAAUAUGUUUACCCAGCGUUUUUCAAGGCAAUAAGUAAUCCAGACCAUGUCGGGAUUGCUCUCAGUAUUUCCAUGGCUGGCUAUGUCCUUGGAGGUAGCUCCUAUUUCCAAGCAUUGCUCUUUGGGAGCCUUUGGGCUGGCUUUAUUUAUUACUGCUGCUAUGACAUCUACGAUAGCUACAUGAUGGGGAGGCUAAACACAGACAUGGCAGACAUUCAGGCAAGCUACCUGGAAAUCCCAGACAAUGGCUUUUGGGUGGCAGAGGUAGACUUGAACGGUCAGGCCAAGGUGGUGGGAAUGGUGGCGGUGACGGGCCAAAGGGGGGUGGAAGAAGGGGAAAGGUUUGAUGACUUGAACGGUGGAGUGAGCGGAACAGAGUUUGGGCAAGACGCAGGAGAUGGAAGUUACGCCCAGAUGACUCAUGUGGUCGUGGCAUUCGCGUGGCGCCGGAGAAACCUGGGCUCGCAGCUCUCGCGAAAGGCUAUGGAUUUCUGCAAGGAACGAGGCUUCUCCCGCCUCGUUAUGGCUCUUAGCUCGCCACAGACUGCAGCCAUUUCUAUGUUUCAAAAACUAGGUUUUUUUCAAACCUCGUCCUACCAUUGUACCCAUGCUAAUCCCUGGUUCUCCAAACUAGCAAGAAUAAAUGUGAUUGAAAUGGAGAAGUUAAUUUAAGAAAAAUGGACACUAGUUUGACCUCAACACCUGAGGCUGAGCAAAUAAUUCAGAAAAGCAAGAAUAUUACAACUAAUUUAUGUUUUUUGUCAUUUUUAAUUCAACCAUUUUCUGUGUGCGUAGCUAGUUGUAGUUAGCUUGCUCACCUCAUAGUUUCAAUGAGAAGAGUAAAUAUUCCUUUUUCUCUAGAAAGCGGCAUCAGUAUUUACAGUUUCCUUGUAUUUUUGUUUACUGUGACACGUUAUGCAUACACCUGCUCUCAUUACA